GAGCCUGCACCGGUCGUGGCUUCCAUCGCAAACUUCUGGAGUGGAGACGUCUAUCUUUUUAACACUAGCUAAGAUGUUCUAUGACAGGAGCGGCAAAACUCCAUUUCCCAGCAAGGAGUACUUUUUAGCCCAUUUUAAAAAUCGCGAAUCAGCGCUCCCCAGAAAAAUCGGCCGCCCUACUAGUCUGCUAAAGAUUACAUGAUUAGUCGCACCCGAUGGUUUUGAAGGUUCAUGAAGUGAUCUCCGCCUCUCAUGUGAAGCUGCACAGAAGCUGACCGUGCUUAGUAUGCAAGGUCACGUCAGACUGGUGAAUAAUUCCGACACGCCAGCAAUUACCUCCGACCGACCCGUCCUGUACGAUCGGAGCUGAGGCAUGAGGCGACCAAGGCUGUCGCCGAGAUGCUAGUCCGUGUUUGAUCGCCCACCGGACGACACACCUGCGGAACGGAGAACAAACAGCGCAGGAUCUUCCACAACCGCAAACCAAAACACAGCUCUGAAUGAUGGCGUCACCGAAAGUCACAUUCCUGCACACCGUCAACAACUUCGCGGUGGUGGGGCUGCUGAUCACCCCGCUGGUGGUGAGCUACUGGCGGGGCACGUGGGGGCUCAUGGACCAGCUCCUCCUGCCGCAGCAUCUCGUCUCCAGCGCCUGGGUCUCCGUAGCCAUCGGCGUCCCCCUGCUGCUGCUCCUCAACCUGCUGCAGGCCCCGCUACGCCGACUGGCCGGCAGGACCGACUCGUGCGUGCUUCGUCACGCCUGCCACGUCCUCUACGUCUACGUGCACGGCUUCGCCAACGUCAACCACUGGCGCGGCGUGUGGAAGCUGCUGGACGGGUACACCGGCAUCACCGUCCCGAGCGCCGUGGCGUGCGCCGCCCUCGCCGUGGUGGCGAAGACCGCGAUGCGAACGCUGUACAACCUCCUGGCCCCGCCCGUCCUGGUGGCGACCGACUUCAGCAGCGACCCGUUCACCAUCACCACCCGCUUCAGGACCGACUCCAGCGGCUGUUCGCUGAGGUUCGCUCUGGACGCGCUCUUCACCGUGACGUUCAUGGGCUCCGCGGUGGUGCUCUUCUGGCGCGGCACCUGGGAAAUGUUCGACCUGUUCCUGUUUCCCGAUAACAAACAGCUGACGGCGCUGUCCUGCCUCGCCAUUGGCUACAUCCUGUACCUGGUGCAGACGGUCCUCCAGUUCCCGGCGAUGCGCCUGAGCAGGAGGCUGGAGAAGUACCUGGUCUUACAGGUGGUUCUGGAGGAUAUCUUCAACCUGGUGUCAGCUGUAUGUGCGGUGAGUUACUGGCGCGGCGUGUGGCUCACCUGCGACCUGGUGCUGCUGCCUGACGCUCCGACGCUGAGUCUGCUGGUGUCGCACGCCGUGGGGACAGGUGUGCUGUACCUGGCGUGCGCCGGACGCAGCGUCAUCGUCACCGGCUGCGUCAUCGACGGAGAGGCUAAGGACGGGGCAGGCGUCCGGCUGGGGCACUACCUGAGGAUGGAGGAUCUUCUCUCACAGUACCGACCACAGAGCCCAGGGGACGGAGAAGAGCCGCAGGCGAACCAGGUCCAGAUGGACAAGGUGCCGGGGAGAAAAGCCAACUCCGCAAGAGCCGAUAUCGUGGUGGAUGACAUGGUUCAACAGUCUAGAUUUUAAUUUAACUUCGUCGUAUAGGGAGAAGAUCACAUUUGUGAAGAACCAAGUGCAAGGUAGCGGUUACUCGAU